CUGAACAUGUCGAGGAGGGGAGACUGGUUAGGAGUGGAUGCCUUGCUCAAACACGUCGAGAAAGGUGACCUGCCAUCGGAUCUCGCGGACGAGGUGACAGGGUUCACCCCACUCAUGUACGCCGUCAAGGACAGCCGAGUGGGACUGGCGGAUAAAUUUAUAGACAUCGGUGCCAACGUGAAUGCCAAAGCCAAGGACGGACAAACAGCGCUGCACUUGGCCGCAGUGCACGUGCGAGAAGACAUGGUCCGGCUACUGCUCAACAGGAAAGCCGACCCCACCAUCACGGGAGGGCCCAAGGGUCAGCUGCCUAUCCACGUCCUGAGUGCAAGGGCCACGGGAGCGGCCAUCGUCCCCUUGCAGCUGCUUCUCCGGGCAGGCGACAAGAACGUCCGGAUGGUCCAGGACAUGGACGGCAACAUCCCGCUGUUCCUGGCCGUGGAAGUCGGCAACCACGGCGUGUGUCGAGACCUGUUGGGCGCCAUGACGAGGGAGCAGGUGACCUACGUGCAUCCGACCACGGGAAACACGGCGCUGCACCUGGCCACCAAGAGGAAAGACCUGGACAUCAUGCGCUUCCUGGUCGAGUGCAACAGCCCCAUCAACCACCAGAACAAAGAGGGCCAGAGUCCCCUCCACGUGGCGGCCCGGGAAGGGGACGAGCAUGCCGUGAAGCUCUUCCACCACGCCAACGCCAACCCAAACCUCAUCGACCUCGAGGACCGCACCCCGCUGCACAUCGCCACGCAGCUAGGACACGUGGGCGUCGUGGAACUUCUCAUCGACAAGUACAAGGCGUCCGUCCACCACAGGACAAAGGACGGCAGCACACUGAUGCACAUCGCCGCCGAAGCCGGAAGACCCGAGACCGCCAUGGUCUUCAUGAAGAAGGGCGUCCCACUUCACAUGUCCAACAAGGCCGGCGCCAAGUGCAUCCACACGGCGGCACAGAAAGGAUACGUCGAAAUCGUGCGGACGUUGCUGCAGAAGGGCGAACACGUCGACGUCAAGACAAAUGACGGUCACACGGCACUCCACGUUGCCGUAUCCGCGGGGCAAGGGCUCGUGGUUGAAACGCUUCUGGGUCACGGAGCGCAAGUACAAUUCAAAGCUGGACCAAACAACGAAACUCCCCUCCACAUUGCAGCGAGGGUCAAAAACGCGGAUGACUGCGCAGAACUAUUGAUCAAAAGCGGAGCCAAUGUCAACGAAAAAGAAGCUAACGGCGAGAUACCGCUGCAUUUCGCAGCGAGGGAAGGGCACCUCAGAACCACCAAGCUCCUUCUAGCCGACGACAGCAUCACGGACCUGCUGAAUAAGGACGGGGAGAGUCCGCUGCACGUCGCAGUGAAGAACUGCCAUUUUCCGGUCGUAGAAGCGCUGCUCGAGCAUUGGGACAAGAAGAACGCGGACCCCGAAGAAAAAAAGAAAUUGACCAACCAAAAAAAUCUGGAGGGAGAAAACUCGCUCCACUACGCGGCCACCAUCACCGAAAAACAGAAGCACUACCCUACGGAGGACAGGGACAUCAUGCGUUUCCUGCUCAAACAUGGCGGAGACGUCAACGCCGAAACCAGAACGACGAUGGAAACACCGAUACACCACUGCGCACGAACUGGCAAUGUGGUCAUUCUUCAAGAGAUCAUCGACACUCUGCCGCCAGCCGCCGUGAUGCUCUCUUGCAAUCAACAAGCCAGGAACGGAUGGGCUCCUCUUUUGUACGCUUGUGAUGCCGGACAUGCACGCGCCGCCAGUUUACUCAUCCAGAACGGCGCCCGAGUCGACACAUUUGACGAGACCGGCAAGGCGGCACUCCACCUGGCGGCUGAAAAAGGCCACGAGGAGCUGGCCGACAUCCUGCUCAACGCCAAGGCCUUCGUCAACGUUCGCUCGCAGAAGGGACUCACACCCCUCCACCUGGCAGCGGAGAAGGGCUACGCCAACCUCGUGAUGAAACUCGUCGCGGAACACGGAGCCAUCCUCGACGCGCUAAGCCUCAGCAAAAAGACGCCACUCCAUUUGGCGGCAGGGGAAGGGAGGCUGGAAGUCUGCAAGAUACUGCUGGAUCUCAAGGCGGAUACCAACGCACUCGACGAUCAAGGACAGACACCGAUGAUGCUGGCCAUCGAAAACGACCACUCCGAAGUUGUGAAGCUCUUUCUCAGGGUAAAGCCGGACCUCGCAAUGAUGUCCAAUGCGAAAGGCUUCACGUGUGCACACAUCGCUGCGAUGAAAGGAAGCACGGCCGUCAUCAAGGAGCUUAUGAAAUUCAACAAGUCCAUAGUGACAAGCUCCAGGAACAGGACAACAGAUUCGACACCUCUUCACCUUGCAUCCGCCGGUGGGCAUGCAAACGUAGUCAAGAUGUUACUUCAAGCAGGAGCCGAUGCCAAAGAAGAGAAUGCUGACGGAGACACUGCACUGCACUUGGCAGCAAAGAAUGGUCACGUGGCCGUGGCUAGGGUUCUUAGUGCUGUUGUACCCUGGUCCACCACAAGCAAGAAGACGGGACUGACAGCGCUUCACGUGGCAGCCAAGAACGGUCAGAUGGACUUUGUUAGGGAGAUGUUGACGGAGGUCCAAGCUGCUCUUGCUAGCGAACCACUCCCAGAUGGAGGAGACUACGGCAUGACCGCGCUCCACAUGGCGGCAGCCGCGGGACACGAAGGAGUCGUCCGGAUGCUACUCAACAGCUCCGGAAUUCAAGCAGACGCCCCCACAUUCCAAGAGGGGAUGUACCCGCUGCACUUCGCAGCUCAAGGUGGCCACUUGGCAGUGGCAAGCAUCCUGCUGAGCAGGGCGACAUCACAGCUGCAGUGCGUCGACAAACUCGGCCGCACGCCGUUGCACGUGGCGUCGGCGAGCGGCAAGAGGGAGAUGGUCGGACUCCUUCACAGUCAGGGCGCCGAUAUCAACGCUGCUGACAAUAUGGGCUGGACCGCGCUGCAUUUUGCGGCGCGCAACGGCUACCUCGGUGUGGUCAAGAUUCUCGUCGAGAAUGGCGCCUAUGCAAAGUCAGUCACUAAGGACGGGAAGGUCCCAUUGUGUCUAGCAGCUGCGGAAGGCCACUAUGACAUCAUCAGCUACUUGCUGAAGAAGGACCAUGACACAACAGACCUCAUGGAUGACAAACACUUCCUCAUCGACCUUAUGGUAUCGGGCAAGGUCCACCAGAACAGACCAAUGGUGGACUUCAUCCUAGCCUCCAAAGCCCCGAUCGACACGGCAGUCAAGAUGGCCCGCAGUUACGAGCUCCUCUCGCUCCGAGAGAAAGAACGGGCCAUGGAACUUGAGGAGAUGGCCGGCUUCUGCGACAACCUCGCAAACGACCUGCUCUCCAUCGCCGCUUCCAACAACAACACAGCCGCCCUACUCCGCGCUCUCGACGCCAGGAACACCCCGUUCCUGGACGUCCUCAUCGAGCUCCAGCGGAAGACCGUCGUCGCACAUCCGGCGGCUCAGAAGUACCUCACAGAGCUCUGGAUGGGCAGCUACACCUGGUCGACCAUGAGGGUCGUCAUGCUCUUCCUCGGCUUCCUCCUCUGCCCCAUCUUAUGGGCGGCAUCCUCGCUGCUCUGCGGGAACCAUUUCUCCAACAUCCCCAUCGUCAAGUUCAUGUCCUACCUGGUUUCGCACAUCUUCUUCGUCAUCAUCCUCAGCAUCACAAUCAUCAAUCCGUGGCAGCCACUUUACGUGUCUACGCACCUCGUCCCUCAUUGGAACGAGUGGCUGCUCCUUUUCUGGCUCCUCGGGAUGUUCAUCACCGAGAUGAACAACCCGUCCGACCGGGAGGGACUCGGUUACAUCAAGACGGUCGUGCUGUUUGUGAGCGCAUUCGCCAUCACAGUACACGUGGUCGCCAUCUUCUUCAAGGAAGAGUACUACCGCCUCAUCUGCCUCUACAUCCGAAACCAGCUCUUCGCCGUCGCGCUACUCCUGGGCUUCCUAGAGUUCCUAAACUUCCUCACGUUCCACCACCUCUUUGGGCCGUGGGCCGUCAUCAUCAGGGAUCUCAUCAAGGACCUGAUGCGUUUCCUGGCCAUCCUGCUCAUCUUCCUCGUCGGCUUCUCGUUGAACAUGUGCGCCGUGUACCAGCCGGUGUUCGUGCCACCCAAAGGGGACAACAUCACGCUGCCCAUCUUCGGCCAGGAGUUCCAGUCGCCCCUCAACACGUUCGAGAUGCUCUUCUUCUCGCUCUUCGGGCUCGUGGAGCCGGACUACAUGCCACCGCUGCACCUGAGCCCGCCUUUCGCCAAGAUCAUCGUGAAGGUGGUCUUCGGCGUGUACAUGAUGGUGACGGUGGUGGUGCUUAUCAACCUGCUUAUUGCCAUGAUGUCCGACACGUAUCAGCGAAUCCAGGCCCAGUCGGACACGGAGUGGAAGUUCGGCCGGGCCAAACUCAUUCGCAACAUGAAGAGGGCCUCCGCGGCGCCGGCACCCCUCAACUGCAUCACUUUUGUGCCGGAGCUCAUUAUGAACAAGUGCUCCAGAAAGAAGGCAAAGGGAGGGAGCAGUCUAUCGACCCUCAAGGACAUGGGCUCGGGACAGACUCAGAGCAGGACCAACUCUGCAGCUGGUGCAAGAGCUGGAAGGAGGAUCAUGCCUCUGGAGGAGAUGAUGCAAGGCAUGAACAAGCUCACCAAUGUUGUCGACUGGCCUUCUAUCUCAAACAAGUAUCUGGAGAACUUCGAAGUUCGCAGGGCUUCCCUCUCCAUCGUCGAGACUCUCACCAAGACCAAAGAAAAGAAGAAGGAGUAGAGACUAAAACCAUGCUCAAGCCACAAGCUCGAAGUGAUGGCCCUCUUAAAAAACGUGCAGACUCGUGAAACUCAACAGCAGUCACUUGAGCACUUACUCAGAGAUGGCCCCAAGGUUUAACAUUAAGGCAGUGGCCCAUCAUGAACUUGGAAGUUCAUUGGUUAAACUGUCGAGCCAUCCACCUUUUUAAAGAGGGUUCAAAUAUGAAGCAUGAAUCUAUGGUGUGCAAUAUUGAGUCCUAAGAUCUGCUCCUGGCCCCAUAGAGAGUUUCAUCCAUGCUAUGUUCAAGGCAGUGCCUCAUCGUAAACCUUGAAGUUCAUGUGGUAAACUGUCGCAUCACUUACCUAUUUAGGAGGGAUUCACAUCAGAAGUAUAUGAAUUUAUGGAAAGCAGUGAUGGGUCCCAAGGUCUGCUCAUGACAUCAUACACAGUCCCAUCUAUGCUAUGUCACACAGUAAGCUUUCAGACCUUCCAAAUGAAAUGCUUAUUCAUAGCGAUAUCUACGACGCAGUAAAGGUUCCAGACUGAAGUGUACUGCAACCAGAAAACUUGAUCGAGGAGAGGCUUAUGAAAGUGCGAGGUAGUCCCAAGUUUUGUGAGCGUUCAGCCUCGAGGUGAACAGGGGUCGAAGUCUGCUCGGCACACUGCUGCCAGAUGUUAGUGAUAGGCACAUUCGCUACCUCCCCUAAAAGGGAGAGACCGCAACAGUCACCAGACUUUUCAAAUCCACUUCUCGCUUCGAAACUAGCAUGUUCAACUCGCAUACUGUACAUAAGUAGUUGAGCCGCAAAAUAAUGAAACAAAAACUUCUGUCUGUACA